UUUCCUUGGCUGACGUCAGCUGAUGACUGCCUGCUUGGCCGUGCUCUCCGCUCCGGACAUAGUGCUGUAAAAAUGCUGCUCUCUGUGCCGCCAAGGACAGGAUUCAACCCAUACAACGGCUAUACCAGCAGAUUUAGUAAAAAGCCGACGUAUGUGUCCUCCAGCCACCAGAUGGCUCCACCCAGCCCCAACCACACCACCACCAGCAGCAGUAGUAGCGGCAGCCUCAGUGGAGAGCAGCUGAGCAAAACUAACCUCUACAUCCGCGGCCUCCACCCGGGAACCACAGAUCAGGACCUGGCCAAACUGUGUCAGCCGUAUGGGAAAAUUGUGUCCACAAAAGCCAUCCUGGACAAGACCACUAACACAUGCAAAGGCUAUGGCUUUGUAGACUUUGACAGUCCGUCAGCGGCACAGAAAGCAGUGACAGCACUGAAGGCUGGUGGAGUCCAGGCUCAGAUGGCUAAGCAACAGGAGCAGGACCCCACUAACCUGUACAUCUCCAACCUGCCUGUGUCUUUGGAUGAGCAGGAGCUGGAGAAUAUGCUGAAGCCCUUCAGUCAGGUCAUCUCUACACGCAUCCUUAGAGACGCCAAUGGCACCAGCAGAGGAGUGGGCUUUGCCAGGAUGGAGUCAACAGAGAAAUGUGAGACUAUCAUUCAACAUUUCAACGGCAAAUAUAUCAAGACUCCACCUGGAGUUCCAGUGCCCUCGGAACCCCUGUUAUGUAAGUUUGCAGACGGAGGACAGAAGAAGAGACAGAGCCAGGGAAAGUACCUGCAGCAUGGCCGUCCCUGGACAAGAGAUGGAGAAACGGGAGGAAUGACACUGACCUAUGACCCCACCACAGCCUUACAGAAUGGGUUCUACUCAGCUCCCUACAGUAUGGCCCCUAACAGAAUGAUCGCUCAGACCUCCCUCCCCCCCUACAUGCACUCUCCUGUUAAUACCUACCAGAUCCACAGUCCACAGUCCUGGAUGCAUCAUCAGUCGUACCUCAUGCAGACCUCAGGCCAACUCCUGACACAGGGCAUGGACCACACCAUGUCCAUCCAGCCCACCUCUAUGAUGGGGCCUCCCACACAGCAGCUCAGCCACCUCUCUAUGGGCAGCAGUGGCACGUAUAUGCCGGCAAACACAUCAAUGCAAGGGACCUACAUCCCUCAGUACACCCAAGUGCCUCAAAGCAACGUUUCAGUCGAGGUUGCCCUGGAGACGCCCACAGAACACCCAGACUACUCCUACCAGCACAGCAAGUGAAGAGGAGACACUGGUGGGUUUACUAGAGUCUGUCUCCUGGGCAACCUGCCGCCCAUACAGCUCAGCUCAUAGUGGCUCUGGGCAGUACACACCAGACAGACGAAUACAGACCAGACUGUCACACUAAAGACAAAAGGAUAUUUUCAAAUCAGAGGUUAUGGUAAACUGUUGGACACGUGGAACAUCUAUUUUAAUAACAGAACAUGACUUUUGUCGAAGAGAAAAACACACCACACACAUUAUUUUCUGUGCACGUAUUAAAUGAUUUCACACUAUUCUGGGGAGAAUGAAAACCAGCAAUAUAAGUUACACCACCAUGUGUCAUUUUAGUCGUCGUCCUUUAGUUUUAGUUUGACAUUUUUUUAUAUGCAGAUUUUUUUUGGUCAUGUUAUUUUUAAGCUUUUCAUCAGUUUGUUUUUGUUGCAGAUUCAAAAAGUAAAUGAUCAAUGAUUUGUUUCUUAAUUUCACAAUACCAUUGUUGUUUUUGUUCACUUCACGCUGCUGGUUUUAAUUGUGUAAUUGUUUGAAGAGAGAAGGCUGAACAAACUGCUCAAGUUACUUAGAUGUGUAUCAUCUGGUGGUAUCACCUGUUUUCUCUCUAAAGGGACAAGUAUUGCAGGAGAAUGAAACAUUAUUGAAAGUGGUCUUACUGUUUUUAGCACUUGGGUCCCUAGUUAAAAUUGUCACAAUUUAAAUAGUUAUUUAGAAAGAACGCUUAAGACAAUCAAAUAUAUUGAAAUGAUUAUUUCCAGAUUCUGGCUAAUUAUAAUAAAAUUAUACAGGGAAAAUGAAAAAUAUACGCACAAUAAAAUUUGACAGAGUAAUUUAGUUGUUGGUUAUAUUUUGUGAAUGUAUUGCUCCAAUGCUACCCAACAACAUAAGUCUUUCAAUUUGGUUUUAGUGGGUUAAGCUGCUACCGUUUAAACAGACCCAACGUUGUUCUUAGGAGUUCAUAUCAUUGAGUGUUGAGCUAGUAGUUUAAAGAAGUAAAUUAGAGCUCCAAAAAGUAUGGCCAGUACUGAGAUACGUUGCCGUGUCUUUUUGAUUCCAGCUUUCUCUCGGUCUGUUGAUUCCUCUGUUUCUGUUUGAUGAGUGAACAUUUUGUUUAUUUAAAGAAAGUUUUCUUGAUUUAAAAAAAAACAUGUUCUUUAGUACUUUUAAGAUUGAUCAAUGUUAUUUUUGGUAGUGUGCAUUGAGUAGGUACUUGUUUCUUUGGACAGUAGAUUCAAGUAAAAAACACAUUUGUUGUAUUUUUCUUUUGAAAUAGUGUCUACCAUUACUGUCGUUUGUGUUCUGGGUUGUGACUACAAGGAAUACAGCUACGGCCGGAAUUGUCCUAGCAGCUUAGAACAUUUUAGCUAACCCUAACCCUUUUCCUAACCUUAACCUGCCACGAUAAUGAUCCUAACCUGAUACGAAGAAGGCACUUCCAGUCAUAGCAGUACUCCUGCUAGUGAGAACUGUGUUUGUUUUUCUCCAUCUCUGGUUUUAUUUUCAAUCACAUGGAAAAGGCUUUAAAUGUUUGAGAUUUCCAAUCCAUCUGUGUCAACAGGUUUUGGCAAUUUCACACUGGUGUGCUUACUGCUCAUCAGUCCAAGAUAAUUAUCUGUUAUACCUCUUACAAAUCAUUUCCGAAAUGUGUCCCAAAUGGUAAUCAUUCAGUCAGUGGUUAGGGAAUGCAGUGUCUGAAAAGUUAGAUUACCUCCUAGAGCAAUGUAGAACCUUGCACAAUGUUAAUGUGCAAGGUUCUGAGAUGUUUUAUGAGGUCACAACUUCCAUGGUUCUCAAGGCGGCUCUCACAGUCACAGCAGGUACUGUGUCCAUAUCCUCACUCUUCUGUCCUAUGUUCAGAAACUAGGCCACCAUCCAAGGUCAAACCUCUAAUCCGACUGUUAUUUCUCAAAAUGGCCAGUGAUCUAUGCAAUUAAUUUAUUGUCUACAAUAAUGCAAUACUUAUAUUUCAGGUGACAACAAUGGACUGUUUGUCAAUAGUGACUUUUGAAACACAAAUGUAUCAUUCUGCUAUCAGUGGCUUUCAUUUGAGUUGAACUUAAUCCAAAACCUCUAGUUGUACGACUAUCAGCCUCAUUGUUCAUCUAAUGACAGUGAGAUGGCUGCAUAAAAGGGAAUGGUUCAUGAGAUUGGAGCAAAUCCCUCAGCUAUCUUGCAAAAGGCCUCACACCAUCUAACAAUGGGAUACAGACUACCUUGUCCAGCCAGAUAGGGUCCUUGUUGUUGUUGGUUAACCAAAUAUUGGUAGAUUUGUUUGUUACCAAAGACGACUUCCGGUAGGCAUUUGAACAUUUCUUCUAAGUGAUCAAUGCUGUAGAAUAAAUCUGUCGUUUGUUUUAUCUUGUUCCUUUCCAUUGAUUUGUUGACACUAGUAAUAAUCUCUAUGAAUCAUUAAUUCAUUUGUGGUAGGAAGUAAGAAUCACAGAAAUGCCUUAGAUUUCAUCAAGAGGGGAUUUAAAGAGUGCUACACACUACAUUACUAUCUGGAAACAUUCAUCCAUUGUCUGCAAAUGUUUGAUAAACAGGAAUACUUUUCUUAGAUUUGUAGUAUCAGUUUUAGGAAACCACAAUUCAAUGUUUGAUAAACUAUCCGUCAUAUUUAUUUUGAGUCAGUCAUCAUUCCAGAUUGUUGUUUAACUCAAAUAAAAUGUUCAGCCUUAGUUUGAAAUGUCAAAAUGCUCUUGCCCUUUUCCAUAGUUCAGAUAUUCAUUCAGGAGUGUCAGUGUCACUCCAUUAAGGGCCUAGUAGCGUCUGCUGGUUCUCCUUUCAAUUAAGACCUACAGUGCAUUCGGAAAGUAUUCAGACCGCUUCACUUUUCAACGUUAUUACAUUACAGCCUUAUUCUAAAAUGGGUUCAUUAACAUGUUUUCCUUAUCUACACACAAUACCCCAUAAUGACAAAGUGAAUACAGAUUUUUAGAAGAAAAAUGUAUUUACAUAAGUAUUCAGACACUUUGCUAUGAGACUAAAAAUUGAGCUCAGGUGCAUCCUGUUUCCAUUGAUUAUCCUUUAUUUUUCUACAACCGGAUUGGAGUCCAUCUGUGGUAAAUUCAAUUGAUUAGACAUGAUCUGGAAAGGCACACACCUGUCUAUAUCAGGUCCCACAGUUGACAGUGCACGAUAGAGCAAAAACCAAGCCAUGAGGUCAAAGGAAUUGUCUGAGCUCCAAGACAGGAUUGUGUCGAGGCACAGACCUGGGGAAGGGUACCAAAACAUUUCUGCAGCAUUGAAGGUCCCAAAGAACACAGUGGCCUCCAUCAUUCUUAAAAUGGAAGAAAUUUGAAACCUGGCCAAACUGAACAAUUGAGGGAGAAGGGCCUUCGUCAGGGAGGUGACCAAGAACCCGAUGGUGUCUCGGACAGAGCUCCAGAGUUCCUCUGUGGAGAUGAGAGAACCUUCCAGAAGGACAACCAUGUCUGCAGCACUCCAUCAAUCAGGCCUUUAUGGUAGAAUGGCCAGACGGAAGCCACUCCUCAUUAAAAAGGCACAUGACAGCCCGCUUGGAGUUUGCCAAAAGGCACCUAAAAGGACUCUUGACCAUGAGAAACAAGAUUCUCUGAUCUGAUGAAACCAAGAUUGAACUCUUUGGCCUGAAUGCCAAGUUUCACAUCUGGAGGAACCCUGGCACCAUCCCUACGGUGAAGCAUGGUGGUGGCAGCAUCAUGCUUUGGGGAUGCUUUUCAGCAGCAGGGACUGGGAGACUAGUCAGGAUCGAGGGAAAGAUGAAUGUAGCAAAGUACAUCCUAGUGGUUAGAGCGUUGGACUAGUAACCGGAAGGUUGCAAGUCAAAAUCCCCGAGCUGACAAGGUACAAAUCUGUUGUUCUGCCCCUGAACAGGCAGUUAACCCACUGUUCCUAGGCAGUCAUUGAAUAUAAGAAAUUUGUUCUUUAAAUGACUUGCCUAGUUAAAUAAAGGUUAAAUAAAAAUAGAGAUCCUUGACGAAAACCUGCUCCUGAGAGCUCAGAACCUCAGACUGGAGCGAAUGUUCACCUUCCUACAGGACAAUGACCCUAGGCACACAGCCAAGACCACGCAGGAGUGGCUUUGGGACAAUUCUCUGAAUGUCCUUGAGUGGCCCAGCCAGAGCCCGGACUUGAACACGAUUGAACAUCUGGAGAGACCUGAAAAUAGCUGUGCAGCAAUGCUCCCCAUCCACCCUGACAGAGCUUGAGAGGAUCUGCAGAGAAGAAUGGGAGAAACUCACCAAAUACAGGUGUGCCAAGCUUGUAGCGUCAUACCCAAGAAGACUCGAGGCUGUAAUUGCUGCCAAAGGUCCUUUAACAAAGUACUGAGUAAAGGGUCUGAAGACUUUUGUAAAAACAUUUUCAAAAAUGUCUAAAAACCUGUCAUUAUGGGGUAUUGUGUGUAGAUUAUCAAGGAAAAAAAUAUUUCAGAAUAAGGCUGAAACAUAAAAUGUGGAAAAAAGGGUAGUGGUCUGAAUACUUUCCAAACGACAACCAGGUGAGGAGUUACUUACUAAUCAGUGACCUUAAUUCUUCAAUCAAGUUGGAAGAGCGAAAAACCCGCAGAUUCUCUGCCCUCCGUGGAAUGAGUGACACGUGAUUUACAUGAAGAGUCCACUUGAAACAUCUUGCUGCAAUUUAGGAUUUGAAGGUUUGCAGAGAAGUGGGUUCUAGUGAUUGUACUUUUUUUUUUCACUUAUGUGCCACACUAGCAGGUCUUAAUUGUCCUGUUCUAGACAAACACAGCUUUAAGAGUUUUUUUUGGUUUGAUGUUUUUGAACUUGGUGCUUUUUUUAAAUAAAACUGUUUUUGUCCAUG